AUUCACCCAGUAGAAAUCCAGUACCCAGAAUUUUCCUCCUUCCCCCCCCCGCCAAGUCGACCCAUCCAUGAACCACCUCCAAGACCGGCCUUUGGCUUAUCACGUCCCACCAUUUGCACAUGUGCCUGGGGCGUGACGGUGGGCUGUUGCUGGUCCGCCCAGCCCAGAGAUUUUCGGAAUAUAAGAUUGACGGCUGGCCGCUGUCCAACAACUUGGCCUGCAUCGUGUGUGACGCCCCAUCACGGUCAACUCGCCCGUUCCUCUCUCUUCUCCUCUCUAGGAGACACUUCCAAGAGCGCCUCUUCGUCUUGUCAAAGUCUUGUUGCGACAGCCAAGUCGAUUGUCAUCUCAUACACCGUCCGACAAGAUGGCUACCCUCGGUGCUCAGGCCCCUCAUGGCCCUGACAUGACCGGCACCCAUAAUCCCCUCGAGGAUAUGGAUCUUCACGAAAAGGGUGCUUUCGAUCGCCUCAUCCGCCCCGAUGAUAGCUAUACCCCCGAUGGCACCUACUGGGCUGAUUUGCCCCUGGUCAGGCGAGUCAAAUUCGUUGGCUCCUACGAUGCCCAGGAAUCCAAGCGUGAGCUCAAGGGAAUCUGGGCCAUGAUCAAGGAGGAUCCUCUUUCACCUGUCUCUUAUUACUUCCGGAAUAUGGUCCUGCCUGGUGCCGGUCUGGGUCUUGAAGGUUACGUGCUCUUUUCUAUCGGCAACAUCAAGCCUCUCUUUCAGAACUCUUUCAAGUCUUGCUGGAAAGAAUACGACACCUGCGACAAGCAAUGGAUUUACGCCAUCGACUACCUGGAGAUUGUCGGUAUCAUUGUCGGUCAGAUCUUGGUUGGUGUUCUUGGUGACUGGGUUGGUCGUCGCUGGGGUUUGAUUCAGGAUGCCACGAUCAUGUUGCUCGGUCUGGUCAUGCUCGUCGCAGCCUGGGGUGUUACCGAAAAUGGCUGGGUUAUCUGCUAUGCCUGGUCCCUGUUCGUCUAUGGUAUUGGCGUCGGUGGUGAAUACCCCAUGACUGCCACUAGCGGUAUGGAGAACGCCGUCGGCUCUGGAAAAGUCUCGACCAAAGAGGAUCGUCUCCACCGUGGUCGUAAGGUUACCAGCGCUUUCCUGAUGCAGGGUUGGGGUCAGUUCUUCAACCAGGCAAUUCUGAUCAUCUUGCUGUUGAUUUUCCACCAUGGGAGUGGUAACCCUCCCUACUCAGCCGUCGCUGCGCAGUGGACCUACCGCAUUUCCUUCGCCAUUCCCGCCGUCGGAACUUUGUGGCUUGUUUACUACCGUGCCUACCACAUGAAAGCCGCCAGUAAGCAGCUCGACGCCGCUAAGAAGAAGGCCUCGGUUACUGGAUAUGAUAUCAACUCUCUGAAGCUCACCCUGAAGUACUUCGGCCCUCGUCUCUUGGCCACCACCGGUGGCUGGUUCUGCAACGAUGUCUUCUUUUACGGUAACAAGCUUUUCAGCUCCGAGUUCAUCUCCGUUCUGAGCCCUGGCACCAAGUCUAUCAUGCCUACCUGGCUGUGGAGUUUGUGCAAUGUGGGUGUCUCCUUGGCCGGCUACUAUUGUGCUUCCUUCUUCGUGGACAACAAGCUCUACGGUCGCAAGUGGAUGCAGAUCGUCGGCUUCUUGAUGUGCUUUAUCAUGUUCAUCAUCCCCGCCUUCCACUAUGACUACUACACCCAGCCGGAGCACAUCCAUGCGUUCCAGGCUAUGUACUUCUUGAGCUCUUUCUUCAACCAGUUUGGCCCCAACUCCAUCACUUUCCUGGUUGCCGCUGAGGUGUUCCCUACUCCCAUCCGUGCCUCAGCUCACGGUAUCUCUGCCGCUUGCGGUAAACUCGGUGCGCUGCUCGCUUCGGUGCUGUACAACUACAUCGGCACCCAGACCAAGUUCUAUUUCGUGCCUUGGUGGGGUUUGGCCGGUAUGGUCCUGACCUGGCUCUUCCUUCCGGAUACCACUGGCCUUGACCUGAAGGAGCAGGAACGUCGCUGGCAGUACAUCCGCGAAGGUCGUGAGCAGGAUUACCACGGUCCUGCUAUUCACUCGAAGCACCUGUCUGUCUGGGAACGUCUGCGUGGCGUUGGCAAGAACUACAAUGCCGAACUUGAUUACAAGCAGAAGGUUGAGGAGUUCCGUGCUGAAUGGGAAUCGGCCAUGGCUCGCAAGAUGGAUGAGACUACCAAGGAUGAGGAUUAUCUGCAGGACACCGAUGAGUCUCUUCUGGAAGGCCACGUCCACUCCUAUUUCCACCGCACGAGCCCCAUGUUCCGCGGAAUGGAAGAGAAGCCAGCCACGAGAACGGAUAACUUUGCUCUUCCUCCUGCCGCGCAGGAUGACUCGGAAGAGUCCUUCAAUGAGAAGUCUCAUUAGGCUACGUCGAUUGAAUGAUUUCCUAUUCUAGCACCUUGAAAAGAACAUAUGCGUGAUUCAUUAAUGGCAUGUGGCAUACCUCAUUUCGCGUUGGUGAUGCCUUACUCUCUUCUAUCCUUCUGCUGCUGUUUCGCAAUUUGUGGUUUUUCGAGCGAGUGGUUUUGCUUUGUUUUUGCUUGGCUGUGGCUAUACACCUCCUCCAAUACCCAGGUACAUACCUACAUUUAGUAUAUAGAAGUGCUUAAUACUGCAUCAUUCCCACGGCUGGGAAAUUAUACAUAUUUUUUCAUCUCGA